GCAACAGCACGCCAUCUUACUCUUUGGAUCAACAGAACGGACAGGAACCCGCAUUGUCACUGCAGCAAAGCGCCUCCCCUUUCUCGUCGAUAUGGGCUCGUCCACCGCAUCGAGUGAAGCUAAGCCUCACGACGCAUGAAGACAGUGAGGGGCCGCCCAUCACGAUUCCUCUAGGGCACCAAACGAGCGCCAGCAACUUGCUCAUGAUGCCUCAAUGUCGAGCACUGCUAGGAGAGUACCCGGAAGAAUUCUUUUUCAAAGUCGAAAUGAACCGUCCUAGGGCGUGGGCUGUCCGCACUAUGAUGGCGUCCGACUUGGACAACUUGACAGACAGUGUGAAAGUACCCUGGGUAGACGGCAACCGGUUUCUGGAGAGCUAUUUCAAGCGAGUCCAUCCCUUCCAUCCGUUUCUGGACCGGGAUGAAGUCAGAGAGCUAUACGAGGACACCAUGCACAAAGGCAUUGGUAUUGACAACUCCUCGGCGCUUGUCUUGGCGAUACUAGCCCUGGGCGCAACAGUGUCCGAUGCUGCGGAUCUAAAACCCGAGCUGAGGACAGGCGAGGCGUUCAUACAGCAGGCGCUGAAGAUUCUUUUCGCGUCAUGGACGUUCACUUUCAGCGGUGAUGUGAUCAUCUCCCAGGCUUUAACACUAUGCUCCCUGUACUUCACCUAUGCUGUUGAGCCGUUGAUGGCCUGGAGACUGAUCCACAUGGCUUCCACCAGCAUUCAACAGCUGUUUUCCAGGUGUAAAAACUUAUUGUCUAGUGAGCCGGAAGUUCAAACGCUCACCCGCCUGAGCUGGGUUUGCUUCAUUAUAGAGAGUGACAUACUUGCAAAAUUCCACCAGCCGCGCAGUGGUAUAGAGCUCCUCGUCGACCGGCUGCCAUUCCCCAACUAUGGCGAGAUACCUUCGCCCGAGAACCUCUAUGCUCUCGCGGACAUAUCGGCAAGGGCUUUGCUGAACCGCAUUCACCACGCUCUAUUCUUCACCGACAGUCUGACCAUCUACUCGGGCCAAUCGUUGGACAAUGUGAGCUCAUCUCGGAUACCCAUACUGAAUCCCGACGCAUCCCAUCUGCGGGUGUGUGAAGAGUUGAGCAGGCAGCUGGAGGCCUGGUACGAUAGCAUACCGGAUGUCAUCAAGCCUGAUCUCAACGGCAAUCCAGUUGGGAGCAGACAGACGUGCCUUUUGAGGUUGAGGUACUGGUCAGCCAAGCGCAACAUCUUUCGCGCAUUCGUGAUCUACGUCACCUCAAGGAAGUGGGAGGGAGAAGAGGUUCCCCAGGCCGUACUCGAAAUGUGCGAAAUCUGUCUUCAUGCCAGUCGCAUGUUCAUCGUCAUGGCGUAGCAUCUCAUCAAGGAAAGAUCGCCAUAUACCUACAGUGUAACACAUUGGUGAGUUUCUCUU